AUGGUGCACGGUAGAGCUCGUGCCCGUGAGUCCGUCCCCCGCCGCCGCCUCGCCCUCCGCCUCCCUUCCGUCACCGCCGCCCGCCGCCCGUACAACACCCAGGUCAAAGAGGUCGGCCGCUACGACAACGACGACUACAGCGGCCGCGACCUCGUCAUCCCCAGCUUGUUCUCGCAGGACGUGCUCGACCCGCACAGCGCGCCGACCAGCAUGGCCCGUCUGCUGUCUCUGAUGGAGACCGGCCUCUCCUCCAUUGCUGUAGCGUCGCGGCUCGGACGGUGGGUGGCGAAGGAUGACGACAACGCCGGGGCUGACGUGGUUCAACGACAGCUCCGAGCCUCCGACGACAUCAGAGGCUGCUGCGACAAGGCUCUGCAGAUCCUGUGCGCGCACUACGGGUGGGAGACCGUGGAGGUGACGGUGCCUGAGGUGGAGGAGAUGCGGCUGGCGCACUACGUGACCAUGGGCUCCGAGUGCUCCGCUUCCCUCGCCACCAAGGAACAUCCUGAUGAUCAAGGGCGAGGGCGAGAAGCAGCCCUGGGACGUGCCGAGGUACAACCGCCGCAUGGAGAUGCCUGCUGGAUAAACAAGAUCAAGGCCGAGAUUAAGAAUGGCGUCCUCUGGGUGACCCUGCUCAAGGUGGAGGAGGAGGAGCGCAAGAGCGUCUUCCACGUGAAGGUCGAGUAG